AUGGGUCUCAUCGAUAAGCUACAAGCCAAACUCGAGCUCUAUCGCCUCGAACAGCGCUACGCCCGCCGCAAGCACCGCAGCACAUUCUCCACGGGUGCCCAAUACGUCGACGGCGAAUAUGUCUACUCGGGUGUAAGUUCGCCUACGAGUACCGUCUCCAAAAACUCCACUGGCAGCUGGCGCCCAUCAGGAUGGGGCAGCGGCAGUCAGUCAUCGCGAUAG